AUGAAGGUUGUCGCUGCUUUCCUCCUCGCCGUUCUGGGCGGAAACGCUAAUCCUUCUGCUGAUAAAAUCAAGGAUAUCAUCGGAUCUGUUGGUGCUGAUGCCGAUGCAGAGAGCAUUGAGCUUCUUCUCAAAGAAGUGAAGGGUAAGGACAUUGCCGAGCUUAUUGCAGCCGGUAGAGAGAAGUUGGCGUCAGUGCCAUCUGGUGGUGGUGUGGCUGUUUCAGCCUCUCCAUCAAGCGGUCCUGCCUCUACUCCUGCAGCGGAAGAGAAGAAAGAAGCCAAGAAGGAAGAGAAAGAAGAGUCUGAUGAUGACAUGGGAUUCAGUCUCUUCGAGUAA